GUUGCGGUAGCAGUAGCAGUAGUACGACUGCUACAAGUGAACGGGUACUCGCCUCGCUACGCUAGGAGGUUCUCAAAGUGUGGAUGUCGCCAGACACUGGAAUAAUUCUCGCUGACACUGCUUGCGUCGACUGUUAGAGGAAUGGCAACUGCCUUGUCAGAAGAGGAGUUCCAUCGGAUGCAGAUCCAGCUUCUGGAGUUACGCACCAGCAACUAUGAAUUUGAUAGCCAGUGUAAGCGCCAACAACGAGAGUUCUUAAAUUUAAAAGAGAAAUUUGAAGAAUGUGAUAAAGAUCUCCAGAGAGCCAACAAAGUGAUCAACAAAAGCAAGAAAGCAAAGGAUGUUGAGUUACUCAUCCAAGAGAAUGCAGGUUUACAAAGGAAGCUGCAAAGCCAGGAAGAUGAAUUUCGCUUACAGAACGAAACCCUUAUGCAGGAAUUAUCUCAUCUUGUUUCGUGCAAUGAAGAAUUAGAGAAACGACUCUCCUCUUCAAAAGAUAAACCCAGUGGCCCCGAUACCUCUUCAUUUAGUUCUGCCAUUAUUAAUGAUCUCGAAGAUGAAGUUCGACGAGUUCAAGCACAAAACUCAGCUCUGCAGAAAACUCUCAAAGCUUCCCAAGAGAAGUAUGACAAACAGAUAGCGUUUUACAAGCAACAACUGCAGUUGGGUAACUCCACUUCAAACAACAGUAGUCAUCAAGGAAAAUCAGAUGAUAACGACGAAGAGAAAAGAUCUGAAGAUUGUUCAAAUCAGAUAUCAAGUGAUUCAAGUAUUUCCCAGUCUGAAGCUUUAUCAAAUGAUAAAAACAAAAAUAUUUUACAAUCACCUUCAAAAGAAGAAUGUAUCCAAGAAUUAAGUGUGUUGAGAUUAAACUUAGAAACUGAACUUGAAGAAAAUCGAAUACUCAAAGAACAGCUUAACAGUUCCGAUAGAAAAUUCAGACAACAAAUAACAUCUUUCGAAGAUGAAAUUGAAAAAUUGUCGGAAAAAUUGAAAAGAAAACAAGAAAGCUAUGUUCAUUUACAAGAAGAGAAAGAAACGUAUUUCAAGGAGGCUGAAAAACGGCUUGAAGAGGUCCAGGCUGGUCGUGAUCGGGAAAAGAAGUAUUAUACAGAUGUGGUCAAUAAGCUGCAGGCUGAAAUGGAAUGUAAACAGCAGAUGCUGGAUGAAUUUCAGAAUUCGUCUUGUUCUAAAAUCAAAGAAUUAGAGAAUCAAAAUUUGGCCUUACAGCAAAUGAUCGAUGCCACAAGUAUUGUUAACAACCAGCAGCGUGAUGAAGUAGAAAUGGAAUACAAACAGCGAAUUAGUGUUCUGGAGAAACAACUAGCCAUGCAGGCCCAGCAGUUCGAUGACUUUAAAGUUCAACUACAGGAAGGUCAUCGCGCCAGUGAACACACCCUUGAACAAUUGUACGCUGCACAACAAGAACGAGACACACAAAUACAAUCUCUACAAGAAAUUAGUACGAUAGCAGAGAAACGCAAACGCCUCAUUGAUGAAAUGGCCAUAAAAUAUCAGAAAGAAUGCGAUUCUCACAGGGAAUUGGUACAUCAGAUGACACAGGAUCAUGAGGAAGAAGUGAAUAAGUUAGAAGAUUUAUUGUCUCAAGAACAGGAAAAUUGUUUGGAGUUGAAUAAAAUGCGCACAUUUGUUGAAGAGAUUCAGGGCCAGUUGGUAUCGUCUGAAGAGACAAAAGGUUGGCUGGAGCGGAGACUAAAUGAUGCAGAGGCUAAUUUGAACAGCAGCAAGCAGGAAUUUGAAUCAACACUCUUGGAUUCUCAAGAAAAAUAUCAACAGGAAAAAGGUGAACUGCUACAAAAGUUUGAGCAAGAUCUUGAGGAAUACAAACAGCAGGAGACUCUGUUGAAAGCUGAAGUUACUCAACGUGAUAAAUCUAUAGAAAAAUUACAACAGGAGAUUAAAGACAGCGUUGAUGAAAAGAAAAUCCAUGAGAAGAAAGGAUUAACUAUGUUGAAAGAUUUAAAACGCCAGCUGCAUACUGAAAGGAAAAGAGCUGAGAAAUUACAAGAAAGAUUGCAGGAAAUAUUAACGGAUCCUAAAAACAGACAAGGAGUUGAUGACUUAUUUAAGCCUGCUGAUAUUGGAGAUAAAGCUGAGAGCAGCUCUGUUUCUUCAUGGAGUGCUGGAGCCAGUGGAAUUGGUAACAAAGACUCUCCACAGUCUCCAAACCGAACUGGAACCCCUCCAAGUGAUUUCGAGUCCGAACAUGAUGAAUUAGUUAACCGUCUGGCUGCAUCACAGCAACAGAAAUGGACUUUAGAGGAGAAGGUUCAGCAUCUUGAAGAAAGUAAUGCCGCUAUGUGUGAAGACCUUUUGCAGAAGUCUGCCAUUAUUGAGUAUUAUGUAAUGGAUGGAAGAACAGAUGGUAUAGCAAGCCACCAUAAGUCUACUGAAGAGAAAUCGUCCCUGAAGAAAGUUCUGGAAUUGGUGAAUCGUGGAGAUGUGAAUAUGAAAGAAAUGAACCGCAAGUUACAGAGGAUGCUGGAAGAGACCUUGACCAAGAAUAUGCACCUGCAAAAGGACCUGGAGACUUUGUCCCAAGAAGUAGUCCGAUUAUCGAAAACCUCAUCUUUGGUUUCAUCACCGACGACAGAUUUGGGUGGUGACGCCAGUUUACCCCUCACCGAGCCAUCGUCACAUCUGAAUAGCUGUCCCAGUGCAAUAUUAGCCCAAUGAAGCUGAAAACCAUGUACACACACACACAAACACACACACACAAAAUUUCUUUCCUACUUUUACAAAUGUCAAAAUAUUUCAACACCAACCAACCAACCACACAUGUGUAUAUAUAUAAAUAUAUAUAGCAAAAACAACAGUAGCACCUCCCCCUAUUUUCUUUGUACAUACAUUUCAUAGAGUUUUGUUAUGUAUAUAUAUAUAUAAAACGUUCUGUACAUAUCGCUAGUGUGGAUAUUGCAUCAUAAUGUUAGCUGAUUACACCCCCACACACACACACACACACACGUUAUGUCUACAUUACAUGUUGGCAAAAAAAUUUACCUCUUUCUGUGUUACACACACACACACACACACACACACACACACACACACACACACUUCAAUAAUAUAUGUAGGUAUGUAUGUGUAUUAGCCUGUGCACACAUGUAUAUACAUACGCAUAUACAUACGUACAUACACACAUGUAUACAUACAUAUGUAUAUUACAUACGUACGUAUGUGAGAUGUAGCUAAGUUUAUAAAUCUCAGGAGAAUCUUCCAUUCAAUUGGAGUAGUAGUAGUAAUAAUAAUAAUAAUAAUAAUAAUAAUAAGUGGGGGAGCAUCAUAGCCAUGUGUUAAGAGGAAUUCUUUGGGGUUUGAAUAAUUCACUUUUGGAAACAUGGGUGUUUUGCUCAACAUCCUUAAACAAACCUUAUUCAGGGACCUUUUGAGCAGGAUGGGCUACUCGACCUGAAGAAGAUUCCAACUGGGCUCCAUCUGUAAGGUCCUGCGCUGUUUAUCAUGAUAUGAGAUCACCAUGUCGCGCACAUAUGGUUGUGAUGCAUGAGCCUCGUCUACCCUUAUCAGAUGGGUAGUCGUGAUGGGUAUACUGGGCUUCGUAUAUUUUACCUCAGUGUCACUUUGAUGGCAUUCACUGCUCUCUCACUCAAUAAUAAUAAUAAUAAUAAUGAGCCAUUAAGGUAUUUUUCUGUUUGAGCCAAAAUCUAAGGAUAUUGUUUACUGAAAGUAUUAUUGAGCACCGUCUCCAUAUCUCGUCAGGCUGUGAAGCAGCUCUGUUGGUGUUUCGGCCCCUUCCGCUGUGACACAUGAGCUGCUUGGGGGCCACCCAGCAAUGUAAACAAGAAGACUCCUAUAUAACAGCUUGAACUUUGUUGAGUCAGGUGUUGUGACUCUGGGCCAGAUGUUUCCCCCCAUCCUCAGUUGUCCAGUCUUGUUGCUCCACCUGUCCUUUCUCUCUCGAACUAGAUUUAAUGGUUAGCUUUCUCAGUAGCUUCCUAUGGUGAAAGACUAAACAAAGUGUAGGUGUUAGCUAAAUUAGGUUAGAGGUCAACAACCAUUCCAUUCUUGAAACCUUCAUGACAUUAAAAUGUCUGCUACUGGCCGAAUCAUUACUGAACCAAAAAAAUGUAUUUUGGUUGCUUAGAGAACUGAUUCAAGAUUUUACUAAAUCUCCUCAUUUCAUCAAUUUUAGCUGGGAUUUUCCAAACAUCUUAGAUUAUUAGACUUAUAUAAAGAUACCUUUUAGAUGAUGUCUUGGCGUCGUAAAUGGUUUGUCAUUCUCUUUUUUGACCUCCACCUCCCCAACAUUUUCUUGUUGUAUUCUCUUUAGAUGACACAUUUUUCUAAACAUCUCUCGUACUUUAAUUUGAGAGUGAACUCUAAUGUUCUGACACUUGGUUACAUGAUGUACUUUGGUGAUUGAUAAAAGGAAAAUAAAUAAAUAAAACGAGCAAAUGACAAAACGUCAUCUUUUAUAAAACUUCUUGGGAAAUAAGAAAUCCUAACUCCUUUCAUUUCCAAUUAUUGUUUCUGUAGCCAGAUUGAAAUGUCUGAAGAAUUUGUUAUUAGUUGCUCUGUGUCCAUUGUUGCUCUACUUAGUUGAUUGGAAGUCAUUCACUCCACCACUCAUUCAAGUCCGUGGUGAUCCUUUCAACCAAACGUUGUUGAUCCAUUAACCUAUUUUAGACAUAAUAAUUAUUGUUGUACAAAUGUGUUUGUUAUGAAGAAAUUAAACUUGCUAUUUAAUUUGA